AUGUCUUGGAUUUUCAUUGGUGGAGUUGUUCUCAUUUUUGUCGCCAUCACACCAUGUUUGGCGCAGGUCGAAGACGGCCCACAAUUUUUGUGGAAUCGAUGGGAGCAACGAACGAUUGAUUGUAUUUACAGUGGGAGGCCCGACGAAUGUGUUCUUCGUGCACCGAAUGCCAAGAAUCCUAUUGAUUUGACAAAUUACAAAUGCCGUCGUGAGCCGAUGCCUCAAUCCGAUUGGAACACUCUCGCCGUGAACUCGACGACGCGUCUAGCGUGCCCUCUAAAAUGCCCAAUUAAUUUUGAUCUCUCGGUGCUCCAAAAAGAGCCAUACGUGAACAAGAAUUGUCAAAAGUAUUACACGUACGGAAAAUAUUGGGAUAAUCAAACAAACGAUUGGUUCAUUUGGAUGACCGAACCGUGCGUCGCUGCGAUCACAACACACUGUCGAUUCAAUGAUGUUCCGGCUCGUGUCGGCAAGAAUGAGGUGGAUCUCACGAAAAAUGAUGGUCCCAAACAGACGAAAUUGAGCGAAGAACGCAAAAAGGCUGUAUAA